GGGGUGUGUGUCUCGACCGAAUGGCGUCACGUAUUAGAGGGCUCUUACGUAUUUGCCUGGCCGAUGUGUCAAUGAAUACUUUUGCGUCAUCGAGCUCUCGACUCUCCUCCGUGCGCGUCAGUCGUCAGCGGAAAAAAAAAAAGGGGGAAAAAAGCAGCAUGUGAUCCACACAACAGCCACCCGUCCUCUGGUUGAUCGUGCGCGUUCACAAGCUGCUGGGUACCACAAUAAUCCCGUGAUAGUGAUACCCACUGCGCGGAUGUUGCUGUCCUGAAAUAUGUUGAUGACACACGUUGGAUUGAAUUGAUCGCCGGGACAGCUUUCACGGACUGAGGAACACAUCAAAAUCUCAGCAUCCGCCAUCAACCCUCACCUGGAUCCACCCCGUCCAAACCUCCCCCCUUCCGAUCCAUUUCUAUAAUUCCCCCACUUCCCCCUCUCUCUCUCUCUGUCUCUGUUUCUGUCUCUCUCUGCCUCUCUCUCCCUCCCUCCCUCCCUCCGAGCGCCCCCUCCUCCCCUGUCUCCCCCUCCCAGCCCCCUCCUCCAGCCUCAGGGUUCACUCAUGCUGAAGACGGGCGGGGCGUCGCUGCGGGUGCCGGCCCACGAGCCGGUCACCGAGUCGGUGGCGGACCUGCUGGCCCACGAGCAGCCGCACGACUACAAGAGCAGCUCGCUGAGCGUGGGCGCCAAGGUGCCGCAGAUCGAGCUGCCGGAGAGCGACGGGCGGCCGGCGUGGAACAGCAAGCUGCAGUACAUCCUGGCCCAGGUGGGCUUCUCCGUGGGGCUGGGCAACGUGUGGCGCUUCCCCUACCUCUGCCAGAAGAACGGAGGAGGAGCCUAUCUGGUGCCCUACUUCAUCCUGCUGCUGCUGAUAGGGAUCCCGCUGUUCUUCCUGGAGCUGGCGGUGGGCCAGAAGAUCCGCCGCGGGAGUCUGGGAGUGUGGAACUACGUGUGCCCCCGUCUGGGGGGGAUCGGCAUCUCCAGUCUGAUGGUGUGUGGCUUCGUGGGCCUCUACUACAACGUCAUCAUAGGCUGGAGCAUCUUCUACUUCUUCCAGUCCUUCCAGCAGCCGUUGCCCUGGAGCGAGUGUCCAAUCAGAAGGAACGGAACCUUUGCCUUCGUGGAGCCAGAGUGCGAGAAGAGCUCGGCCACCACCUACUUCUGGUACCGCCAGACGCUGAACACCACCAGCACCAUCGCGGAGAGCGGAGGGCUGAACGUCAAGAUGACUGUGUCUCUGCUGGUGGCCUGGAUCAUCGUCUGCCUGGCCGUCAUCAAGGGCAUCGCCUCCUCUGGCAAGGUGAUGUACUUCAGCUCCCUGUUCCCCUACGUGGUGCUCUUCUGCUUCCUGGUCCGCGGGCUGAUGCUGAAGGGAUCGGUGGACGGCAUCGCCCACAUGUUCACUCCUAAGCUGGAGAAGAUGCUGGAGCCACAGGUGUGGCGGGAGGCGGCCACCCAGGUGUUCUUCGCCCUGGGCCUGGGCUUCGGAGGGGUCAUCGCCUUCUCCAGCUACAACAAGAUCGACAACAACUGCCACUUCGACGCCGUGCUCGUGUCCGUCAUCAACUUCAUGACGUCCAUCCUGGCCACCCUGGUGGUGUUUGCCGUGCUGGGCUUCAAGGCCAACAUCAUGAAUGAGAAGUGUGUCACGGAGAACUCUGAGAAGAUCCUGGGCUACCUCAACGCCAACGUGCUCAGUCACGACCUCAUCCCGCUGCACGUCAACUUCUCCCAGAUGACCGUGACGGACUACGCCGAGGUGUACGGCGUCAUCAAGACCGUGAAGGAGGGGGGCUUCGCCGACCUAGGUCUGGAUCAGUGUCUCCUGGAGGACGAGCUUAACAAGUCAGUGCAGGGAACAGGCCUGGCCUUCAUCGCCUUCACCGAGGCCAUGACCCAUUUCCCAGGGUCCCCCUUCUGGUCGGUGAUGUUCUUCUUCAUGCUCAUCAACCUGGGCCUGGGCAGCAUGAUCGGCACCAUGACGGGCAUCACCACGCCCGUACUGGACGCCUACAAGGUCAAGAAGGAGUACCUCACCGUGGGCUGCUGCAUCGUGGCCUUCUUCUGCGGCCUACUGUUCGUCCAGCGCUCGGGGAACUACUUUGUCACAAUGUUUGACGACUACUCAGCCGGCCUGCCCCUCACGGUGGUGGUCAUCCUGGAGAACGUCUCUGUUGCCUGGAUAUACGGCACCAAGAGGUUCAUGCAGGACCUGGAGGACAUGCUGGGCUUCCGGCCGUACUCCUUCUACUUCUACAUGUGGAAGUACGUGUCUCCCCUGUGUCUCAUCGUCCUCAUCACAGCCACCGUCAUCGAGAUGGCCAUCAGCCCGCCGGGCUACAACGCCUGGAUCCAAGAGCUG